AUGGAUUAUGGCUAUUUUCCCCCUUCGCAACACAUGGAAGAAACAAAUGGUGUGGAUUUCUGGAUAGAUAGUAAUGUCGAAUUUACGCAGUAUAAAAGGCCCAACUCUUCUACGUCCACACUUACAAGAGUCUUAACGGACACUACUAAUAUAUCGAAUAACAGCGGAUCUCUGAAAAGGAAAACAGUCAAGCACAAAAAAUUCUCGCAAAGGAAAAUAUUCAACAACAGUGAGUAUUUUGACUUCGACAAGGGAAGUUCUGACUGUAAACACGUUUUGAAAAGUAUUUCCAAGCAACUAAUUUUCCUCCCAAGAUGCUUUCAACAUCACAGUAUCCGAGGUUGGAUGAAAGACCGGUACUCAGAGUUUGGCUACAAGAUAAAGAGAAACCAACAUUGCCCUCCAUCUGCAUGUGUACAGACACUUUACAACACGAACAGGUGUGAUAACGGGCUGUUUACUCCCAGUGAUUUAGACUCUCUGAUCUUAUAUAAAUUCAUGAGAUACUCCGACAAUAAAAAAGAGCUGAUGUGCAGAUUUUGCCAGGGCAGUAAUUGGGUAGUUGCAGAAAACUAUCUAAAGCAUCUAUUUUUUGCGCACGGGAUUUCGUCUGAAUUCAAGCCACACACACUGUACCAAUUUGAGUCUAAGCUUCUGAAAAUCCAAGGAAAAAAUGUCAAUUUCAAGAUACAAGUUUCGAAAGAGUCGCAGUUCAGCAAAAAAAUCCUGAGCUCGCUCGUCGUAUCCGUCAUCCCCUCUCCCUUGGCAUAUUAUACACAGACGUUGAAUGGGGGGUUUAGAAGAAUACACGUGAAAUGCCCCUGCUGUGAAAGUUGGAUUCGUUUAGGUUGGUGCGAAUACGAUGAGAUUAUCAAGGAUUCCUACCAGGAUUUCGAGUCGCUUCGAAAUCUCAAUGCAAAUUACGACGGGAUGUCGUAUAUCCAAACCCGCAAUCGGGAAGAGAUUGAAGGAAUAUACGAAAACUAUUUCACCCACUAUAUCCUAUGCGAUUUGGCAAGGUUCCGAACCAAAUGUCUAUAUGUUCAAGUUAUAACAAAAUAA